GUGAACACUUGCAACCACUUUCCUGUCAACUGCAGACCAAACCACACAGCUGCUGCACUGACCUCAUAGAGGAAAUGCUGCUUUUCACUGCCCUGACAGAACAAUUGAAAGUAUUUGAUGUCACAUCAGCGAGAGGUACAAUGAGACAAACAUCUCUUCACUUGCUGCUCCUGCUGAGCUCACUGCUGUGCUGCACAACAAACCAAGCCUCUCUGACUGUGAGUCCCAGCAGCUCUCAGAUGUUUGAAGGACAGUUUGUCUCUCUGAGCUGUGAGGAGGAUGACAGCUCUGCUGGAUGGACGCUGAGGAGGAACACAAGCAGAGAAACCAGUGUUGAGUGUGGAACUGACUGGGGAAAAUCAGCUGGUUCCUUCUGUAACAUCACUGACAUCGUCCCAAUGGACAGUGGAGUUUACUGGUGUGAGUCCAGAGAGGGAGCAACCAGUAGCAGCAUCAAAAUCACUGUCAUUGGUGGAUCAGUGAUCCUGCAGAGUCCUGUCCUCCCUGUGAUGGAGGGAGACAAUGUCACUCUGCACUGUAAAACAAAGACCUCCAACCUCCCAGCUGAUUUCCAUAAAGAUGGCUCCCUCAUCAGGACUGAGCCUACAGGUCACAUGACCAUCCACCAUGUUUCCAAGUCUGAUGAAGGCCUCUACAAGUGUAACAUCAGCAGUCACGGAGAGUCUCCAUCCAGCUGGAUCACGGUCACAGGUAAACCAACGACCUCGCCCCCUGUCUCUGUAGCCACAUCCCCUAUAAAUGUAGCUCUACCCCCUGCCUCAGCUCCCCUCCAGCUUGUGGUCAGACUGGUCUGCCACUUAGUGGUGUUCUGUCCGUACUUCAUCUCCACUCUCCUCAUGGUGUCUUUAUAUCGACACAGGUCCACAGGAAAUAACCUGCCUGUCUCCAUGGUGAUGACCACACCCACCCAGGCUGAGCAGGGAUUCAAUGAUGACUAUGAUGAUGUCAUCACAUCUGUCACCACAGAGCAUCACUUCUGAACUGAUCAGAUGUGACUGAUGAAACGUUCCAGUCAGAAAUUUUAUGCUUUUUUCUUCCAACAAUAAUAAACCAGUUUCUGUGUUUUUAAUAAUGUUAAAUAAUGAAUCAAAUCAAAGAUGUCAAUAAACAGAAUGUUCAUUUAUAUUCUGACUCACUUGCAUUGAAUCAUUCCAUAUAAGUGCAUCAUCAAGAUCUGUCUAGCAGGUGUCACCACUUCAUCAUCCUCCCAUUGAAGCUUUAAGGUUUUCCGGUCAGUUGUGUGUAAACU